AUGCCUGCGAGAAGAAAAAUAUCCCCGAGGCAAAUGGAUAUACUUCUAGAGUUUGCAGAGUCGAAUCGCGACAUAGCUUUAGGUCGCUUAACAGGCGGACCACUAGCCCAUCAGGCUACCCGGCAAGCUUGGGUUUCAGUAGCCAACAAACUAAAUGCAGUAGCGGAAGGUUCCACAAAAACGGCUGACCAGUGGUGUCGCUAUUGGAUAGAGUUUAAGGCGAAAACGAAAUCCAUAGCAGCAGACUCUAGAAGGAAUGCCUCAGCAACUGGUGGAGGGCCUAACAAACUCGUUCCUCUUACUGAUACAGAAGAACGAGUGCUGGCAAUAAUUGGUACGAUACCUACAGCAGAAGGGACUCAGCCUCCAGGUACCUCAGAGGCUGUACCAGCCAGCUCCAGUACAGCUUCACCUAUGCCACAUUCCUCAGCUCCUUAUCCCGAUAUUAUAUCUCCAGAACCUCCAAUGGAUGUGGAAUGGCUUGAAGAAGAAGUUCCAUCUCCAUUAGGAGUUCCAUUCUCUGAGCCUUCAUCCUCAAGCCCACUUCUCCCAGACACAACAGAGUCCCCUGCCCCAGCCACAGAGCCCCCUGCCCGAGCCACAGAGCACCCUGCCCCAGCCACACAUACUAUACAGUCAGUCAAUCCACCUGAAGUUGGGUUUCGAUCUCAAUUAUUACGACGCGGACGCAGAGCCCGAACGACGGCGAACGACGUU